AUGGAUUUAAUCAGUAAGAUUAAUCCCCCUUCCUCUAAAGGACAUCAUUGGAUUAUCUUAGCUACAGAUUACGUUACAAAAUGGGUGAAGGCUGAGGAAUACGUCUUAGUAACUCAAAGCUUUAGAGGCCAUGAUGUGUUGCAUCUCGCCAGGGAUAUGCAAGUGAAGAUGCUCACUUCCAUUCCCUAUUAUGCCCAAGGAAAUGGUCAAGUGGAAGCUUCAAAUAAAGUGGUGAUUGAAAUCAUUAAGAAAAUGAUAAAAGACAAGCCAAGAAGGUGGCAUGAGACACUACCAGAGGCCUUAUGGGCCUAUCAAAACUCAAAAAGAACAAGCACGGGAACAACUCCAUUUCACUUGACUUUUGGGUAUGAUGUAGUUCUGACGAUGGAGCUGAAUGUAAAAUCGACAAAGGUUGCUUUGCAGCAUAACCAGAUUCUUGCCAAUUAUAAUGAAGCAAUGCUAGCCAAGCUAGAGGACUUAAAUGAAAUCCAGAAGCUUACUUUGGAUCAUCUUAUGGCUUUUAAGAGGAAAGUUAUGAAGGCGUAUAAUAAAAGGGCGAGGUUUAAGUAUUUUGCCGAGGAAGACAUGCUCUGGAGGAUCACUUUGCCACCUAAAAAAAUCAAUAGGCAAUACGGCAAGUGA